CGCAGGCGCGCUGGGGAGGGAGGGCUAUGCUAAUGUUGUUGAUAUCCUGGGGCCACCCGAGUUAAAGGGGGGAAAUCCGGGGGCUGCCGCAGCCGCCACCGGUCUGGGCCCAGCUAGGGGCCCCUGCAGUCACUGCAGUCCCGGGUAGAGGCGCCUGUCCCCAGCGCGGGGAGGGGGCGCCGCGGGCCCGGGGAGCACGGACAACCCCUACCCAUGAGGCCCUGAUGGAAAACACAAAGGAUCUGAGUCGGAAGAGACAUUAGAGGUCACCCCAAGCAGCCGUCCCCUCUGCAGCCUCUCUGACAAGUGACUGAACAUUCUUCACGACCUGAAAGGAAAAGAAGAGACUCGUUCGGGAUGUUUGACGGUUAUGAUAGCUGCAGUGAGGAUACAAGUAGCAGCUCCAGCUCUGAGGAGAGUGAAGAAGAAGUUGCUCCUUUACCUUCAAAUCUCCCAAUUAUCAAAAACAAUGGGCAGGUCUACACAUACCCAGAUGGUAAAUCUGGCAUGGCUACCUGUGAGAUGUGUGGGAUGGUUGGCGUGCGAGAUGCUUUUUACUCUAAAACAAAGCGUUUCUGCAGCGUUUCAUGCUCAAGAAGUUAUUCAUCAAACUCCAAGAAGGCAAGCAUUUUGGCCAGACUUCAGGUAACGGGUAAGCCUCCAACAAAGAAAGCAAAAGUUCUUCAGAAACAACCUUUAGUUGCUAAACUAGCAGCAUAUGCGCAGUAUCAAGCUACCUUGCAAAAUCAAGCAAAGACUAAAGCAGCAGCAGUCUCCAUGGAAGGUUUCAGCUGGGGUAACUACAUCAAUAGCAAUAGCUUUAUAGCAGCUCCAGUUACCUGUUUUAAACAUGCACCUAUGGGGACCUGCUGGGGUGAUAUCUCAGAAAAUGUGAGAAUAGAAGUUCCCAAUACAGACUGCAGCCUACCUACCAAAGUCUUCUGGAUUGCUGGAAUUGUAAAACUAGCAGGUUACAAUGCCCUUUUAAGAUAUGAAGGAUUUGAAAAUGACUCUGGUCUGGACUUCUGGUGCAAUAUAUGUGGUUCUGAUAUCCAUCCAGUUGGUUGGUGUGCAGCUAGUGGAAAACCUCUCGUCCCUCCUAGAACUAUUCAACAUAAGUAUACAAACUGGAAAGCUUUUCUAGUGAAACGACUUACUGGUGCCAAAACACUUCCGCCUGAUUUCUCACAGAAGGUUUCAGAGAGUAUGCAGUAUCCUUUUAAAACUUGCAUGAGAGUAGAAGUGGUUGACAAGAGGCAUUUGUGUCGAACACGAGUAGCAGUGGUGGAAAGUGUAAUUGGAGGAAGAUUAAGGCUAGUGUAUGAAGAGAGUGAAGAUAGAACAGAUGACUUCUGGUGCCACAUGCACAGCCCAUUAAUCCAUCAUAUUGGUUGGUCUCGAAGUAUAGGCCAUCGAUUCAAAAGAUCUGAUAUUACAAAGAAACAGGAUGGACAUUUUGAUACACCACCACAUUUAUUUGCUAAGGUAAAAGAAGUAGACCAGAGUGGGGAAUGGUUCAAGGAAGGAAUGAAAUUAGAAGCUAUAGACCCAUUAAAUCUUUCUACAAUAUGUGUUGCAACCAUUAGAAAGGUGCUGGCAGACGGAUUCCUAAUGAUUGGGAUCGACGGCUCAGAAGCAGCAGAUGGAUCUGACUGGUUCUGUUAUCAUGCGACCUCUCCUUCUAUUUUCCCUGUCGGUUUCUGUGAAAUUAACAUGAUUGAACUUACUCCACCCAGAGGUUACACAAAACUUCCUUUCAAAUGGUUUGACUACCUCAGGGAAACUGGCUCCAUUGCAGCACCAGUAAAACUAUUUAAUAAGGAUGUUCCAAAUCACGGAUUUCGUGUAGGAAUGAAAUUAGAAGCAGUAGAUCUCAUGGAGCCACGUUUAAUAUGUGUAGCCACAGUAACUCGAAUUAUUCACCGUCUCUUGAGGAUACAUUUUGAUGGAUGGGAAGAAGAGUAUGAUCAGUGGGUAGACUGUGAGUCCCCUGACCUCUAUCCUGUAGGGUGGUGUCAAUUAACUGGAUAUCAGCUACAGCCUCCAGCAUCACAGUCAUCAAGAGAAAGCCAGUCAGGUUCAUCAAAACAGAAGAAAAAGGCUAAGUCCCAGCAAUACAAAGGACAUAAGAAAAUGACUACACUGCAGCUGAAGGAGGAGUUGCUAGAUGGAGAGGAUUAUAAUUUUCUCCAAGGAGCAUCUGAUCAGGAAAGCAAUGGCUCUGCCAACUUCUACAUCAAACAAGAGCCAUGAGGCAGCUCAGAAACCGAGGGCAGGAGGGGAGGCAUUUUACACGGGACUGAUUUAUCAUCAGUCCAGUUGUACAGCAGAGCUGUUCUACUGGGACAUUUUGCUAAACAUAGAAAAUUUCAGUUCCAGAUUUUUCAGGUGGGUGGGGAAACUAUUUUAGUCUGGGGGGAAAUUUUUCAAUUUAUAAAGAUGGACAAUUUUUGUGUUGUAUUUGAAGCUUUUGAAAGAAUUUUGUAAUAUUUUCCAAGUUUGGAUUUAUGUGCAUUGUUAACAAGAACUGAAAUUCUAAUUUUUUGGUAAGACUAAAGUUUAGGUAGCAGGAUUGAAGGAAAUGAAUUAAGAAGGAUAUAGGUGUAAAUGCAAAUGAACUGUUGUUACAAAUGAACCUUUUUGGUACCUGUUGGGAGAUUUUGGGAUAUUAGAAGUUAGGCCAGUCACAUCUCCAGCUUCCUUUGCUGCAGAAAUAUGCAACUGAACCCCUCAUGGUGGGUUCAUCACCACAUAGAUCAUGGAAGGGGUAAUUAAUUCUGCUUAUUAGCAUUUUAUUGCAGCCCGUUUUAAAUGUUUGUACAAAAAUUUUUUUCAUCCUGUGAAAAAUUAUUUGGAGUUCUGUAUGGAACUGGAAGAACUCUUGAUACUUUUAUAUGUUCUCUUUUAAUUAAAAAAAAAAAAAAAAAAAAGAUUAAAAUUAUCCUAACACUAAAGUGUUAAACUGGAAUGGUUGAUAAAAUAUACAGUAUCUCAGUCUACAUGUUGAGGGGUUGGGGAAAAUGCAAUAUUGUCGAAAGUUUAUUUUAUUUUUCUUACUGAAAUAUACUCCCCAUAAGGGAUUCUGAUCAGUUCUCUGCCAUUUUUCCCUAUCUGUGUGAUAAUACUUGGUAUAACCACACCCCAAAACAGAUAUUCUGUAUUACCAGGAAAAUCAAACUAAAAGCUGUUUAAGGCCAAAAUAAGUUUAGAUUUCAAGAUCAUUCCAGCUCUGCUUUAUCCUGGAUUUUGUUAGAAAACCAAUUUGAAAAAGAAUUUAAUUUUCUUAAAAGUCCAUAUAUAUAAUAGAAACUGUCUUAAACUGUAUUCAGAAUUUAAAAAAGAAUAGCUGAUUUGGACUGUUUUAAACGUUCCCUAUUUAAAAAUUCAUAUAGCUUCCUUCAAAAAAGGAUACACAAGGGUAAAUUGGUGAAAGGUUUGCUCUCUGCAUCUUCUGACUUUCUACUGAGCUGUGACUGAAUAAGAGAGCUCUAGCGUUUACCAGUGAGGUUCAUAAACUAAACUCUCAGGAAUUAAUUGCAUCUGUUCUAGAAGUGCUUCUGGGUCUUAGCCUGGCCUCUUCAGAGUGGUAAUAUUGACCAUCUUCUCUGGAAUAUAGGUAGGGCUAAUUAGAAAUUAAUCAAAAUGAUUAACCUCUACAGUCCUUCAGUCUAUGGAAUGCUUUAAAAAAAUGUUAAUGGAAAGCCCCAGGAGACCAUUUUAGGUAAGAUUUUUGUUUGAAUUUUAAAAUGCAUAGAAGUUAAAAAACCAGCAAUUUAUUUUCUAAAAUAUUGCUCUACUUUUGGGUAUAAUAGCAUUGGUAAUACACACAGGUUUACCUCAUUCUAUGCAAGAGGGGUUAAUAACAUAAGGUUUUGUAGUUGCUACUGGAAGUAAAAUUUGUUACUUUAUAGUGUAAGAAUGUAUGGAAUUGCAUGUCAACAUUUCUUAAUACUGACUUUAGGGGGCAUAAAUGCAGAUCAUAUCAGCGCAAGUUGAUUCUCGUGUCAAAUGUAUGUGAAUUCAGCUGUUCGAUUACUGGAUAUUUAAACAACAUUGCUGAGAGGGACCUACUGUAAAUGUGACAUCCUCACACUUCCCAAAUCUUUAACUUUUAAGAAUCUUCCCAUAAACUUAAAGCCUAGAAGACCUCCAAAGCAAGGGUUACAGCAAUCUUUAUUCUCAGGCUCAGUGAAUUAAACCCAGGACUCUGGUUCCAUGAUACGGGCACAAGAAGCCAAUUGUAUGGCUAACCCUACCAACGCCUUGGGGUUAAGGGCUCUAGGGGGCACUGAAUAAACCAAGAGGGGUAUGAUUUGGAGCCAGUCAGUCCUGGUGAUUAGUUCUGUGAAAUGCUCAUUUGUAGCCAGGUUAUAUAAGCUUCCAAUUCUACAGCAAAACCAGGCUGAGUGUUUUAGAAUUUCGUACCCACUCAAGAAGUGUUUCUUGUCUUGAUCCCGUGACCAGCAGUUAAAAGUUAGUAAGGACUUUCUACAGUCUAAACACAGUCUGAAGCCCUCUUCAUUUUUUCAGGCUCUAACUCCUACUGCUAAUAAACAGAAAGUAAGUUAAUGCAGAGGAGAUUUAUGUCUUAGCCAUAACUCAAAUCGUAUAAUUCAAUGGCCCCUGUUCUCUUUUACAGUUCAAAAUGUACUGCUGACCUUGGGUUUGUUUUUAUUUUUUUCUUGUUAGAAUUAUUUGGGGACUUUUGGUAGUUUAAACUCUUUAACCUUUUCCUUGCCGUGUAUGAGGAAAGCUAAAGCUGUUAUCACCUUCUUAUUCUACGGAUACUAACACGGGUUUUCAGUGUUUGUUUGUUUUUAUUAUUAUUAAUUUUGCGUGAUGUGAAUACCCUCUCCCGUCAAUAUUUGUAUUAUGGUGCUAUAUAUUUGGUAAUGAUCCUUUAAUAUUGGGGAGGGAUUUUAAAAAUACUGUGAUUAAACUGGGUUUCUUCCUUUGAUUUUCAUAUUUUAAAUAAAGCCACAGUCAUUUAUACAAAAGAAAAGCAUCUGUCCCUGGGCACAUCUUUUGAGGACAGAGGUCAAAGUAAACUGCAUAAGGUUUUUACAUCAUUUCUGUAUGUAUUUGAUAUAUAGAUCAGUUAUCUGUACAAAUUUAAUCUUUUAUUUUCUUGGUAACUUGUGAUCACUGAGAAAGUGUUUAAAACUUUCUCAUGAAAUGUAUAUAAUGGCGUGAAAAAUUCCUUCAGAGAAAUUUAUGUUCCUUUCAUUUUUACCAAAUUGCAAAUUUUCAGCAUGGAUGUGAAAAGCAUUAAAAUUAUAACUUUGUGUACAAGAUGAAAAUAAUUCACUAAAUUUGCCCUUUUUUACACAAAAUAAAAUGUCAAAGUU